ACGAGCGCGAGCAUAGGCGCGAGAGGAUACUGUAUGUUUCAACGGCUGUCACACAGAAAUAGAGAGACCAUCGGCGCAUCCACAACACACAAGAUAUAUUGACCCCACUAACGCACGGUUAGCCGUGUUAUUAAUAGUAAAUUAUACACAAAUUGAUAUUCAAAAAAUAUAUUUGCGAAUGGGAAUUAAACAACGGCAAAAACAACCGGCAAUUAUGUUUCAUCACAACAGGGUUAUGGAGACCCACGUUCGCUGUAUUGACUGAGAAUCGACGCUGGAGUGGGGAUUUAGCUAACUAGCUGGCUAGCUGCUAGUAACGUCGUUAGCUAGCUACCGUUAGCUCAAAACGCCGAAAUGAUUCGAAAGACAUGGACAUAAGCUAUUCAUAAAACGUAUAUUUUUAUAUAGAAGAUAUUUUUCAACAACAUUAUCAGAGCAUGGGAUAAUAUGCGAUAAAUGGAGCAAGGGUAAAACUGAAUUAAAAAAAUAUUUAUUGCUAGCCUACUUGUCGAGUUUAACGUUAGCUAUUACAGACGAACCCCGGUAAACGAGAUCAGAGUAACGUUCGUUAAAUCACAAAAAGGAUGACACGAAGAUGCUGCACCUUGGGUUUGCCCGAAAAUAUUCCCCUCAUUCUGUGAAGAAGUGAAGACGAGGAAGGGCAGCUUUGCACACAUAGAUUUGGGAACAUCCCUCCUCUGAAUACAUGUACAUAUUUAUUUUUAAAUUAUUUGUAGGUAUUUAUUGAGUUUUCUGCCCUAAGAGGGUGAGAAAGGGCACAAGCGAGCUGGAGAUGGAGAGAAGGAAAGACAGGACACAAUAGCACUAGAGUAAAACAGAGGCUCCUCCAGCUGGAAGAAAGGCAGCAGGAAGGAGGGACAAAAGAAGAAGGGGAAAGGUGACCACCGGAAGAGAAAGAGACGGGGACCGACGGAGAACGAGUGCGAAGGAGGGCGAGAAGGAGGGAAGGGUGGGGGAGGAGUGGGACAGAACCGUCCCCAUGGCUACUGACCCCGGAGAGCCCACGGCCACAGAGGACUCCUCUGAGAAACCUGAUGGAGAGACGGAGAGGGAGGCGGGAUCAGCGAGAGAGGGCGGGGCUGGCAGACAGGCUGGGAGGGAGGCAGGGACUGCGCGAGAGAGCGGGGGAGGCAGACAGAGAGAGGAGGGGGCGGAGCCAAAGGGCGAUGCAGACGGAGAGGGGAAAGAAGGGGCGGAGCAAGAUGGGGGAGCAGGCCGAGAACGGGAGAGGACCCGCAGCACCCCGUACGACUUCCCUUCCUCCCGGACGGAGAAGAGGAAAGGGGGAGGGGAGACGGGCGAGGAGCAGGGAGGGGUGACACCCGUGGGGCCGCUGUCCGCCUCCACGCCGUCCUCCCCCGCCGCCCAGGGCCACCGGCCCAGGAGGGAGAACAAGCGCUUCUUCCGCAAGAGCGUGGAGCUGUGCGAGGAAGAGGACGAGGUGGAGGACACGCAGGGGGCGCCGAUGAGCGCCCCUGCCGCGGGUCUCAGAAGCUCCGACUCGGUGUUUGCCGUAGGCGGCGCCGGGCAGCAGGCGGCCGACGCCCCCACCGCGGCCUCCGAGGGUAUCGCCGCCCAGGACGCGGGCAAGAGCGCCCCCGCCUCCUCCAGCCCCGCACACAGAGGCAGGGAGCGGGACCGCGAGCAGGAGGAGGAGGCGGAGAUGAAGGCGGUGGCCACAUCCCCUGGCGGCCGCUUCCUCAAGUUCGACAUCGAGCUGGGAAGGGGAGCCUUCAAGACCGUCUACAAGGGACUGGACACGGACACCUGGGUGGAGGUGGCAUGGUGUGAGCUGCAGGACCGCAAGCUGACCAAGGCGGAGCAGCAGCGCUUUAAGGAGGAGGCGGAGAUGCUGAAGGGCCUGCAGCACCCCAACAUCGUGCGCUUCUACGACUCCUGGGAGUCCGUCCUGAGGGGCAAGAAGUGCAUCGUCCUGGUGACCGAGCUCAUGACCUCCGGCACCCUCAAAACGUACCUGAAGCGCUUUAAAGUGAUGAAGCCCAAAGUGCUGCGCAGCUGGUGCAGGCAGAUCCUGAAGGGGCUGCAGUUCCUGCACACGCGCACCCCGCCCAUCGUGCACCGCGACCUCAAGUGCGACAACAUCUUCAUCACCGGCCCCACCGGCUCCGUCAAGAUCGGGGACCUGGGGCUGGCCACGCUCAUGCGCACGUCCUUCGCCAAGAGCGUCAUCGGCACCCCGGAGUUCAUGGCGCCCGAGAUGUACGAGGAGCACUACGACGAGUCCGUGGACGUGUACGCCUUCGGGAUGUGCAUGCUGGAGAUGGCCACCUCCGAGUACCCGUACUCCGAGUGCCAGAACGCCGCGCAGAUCUACCGCAAAGUCACCAGCGGCAUCAAACCGGCCAGCUUUGAUAAAGUCGCGGAUCCCGAGAUUAAAGAGAUCAUCGAGGGCUGCAUUCGACAGAACAAGAGCCAGAGGCUGUCCAUACGGGACCUGCUGACCCACGCCUUCUUCGGCGAGGACACGGGCGUGCGGGUGGAGCUGGCGGAGGAGGACACGGGCCUCCAGGACUGCCUGGCGCUGCGCAUCUGGGUGGAGGACCCCAAGAAGCUGAAGGGCAAGCACAAGGACAACGAAGCCAUAGAGUUCAGCUACGACCUGGAGAACGACAGCGCAGAGGAAGUGGCCCUGGAGAUGGUGAAGUCAGGCUUCUUCCACGAGAGCGACGCCAAAGUGGUGGGCAAGUCAAUCCGCGACAGGGUCACGCUCAUCAAGAGGUCCCGGGAGAGGCGGCAGCAGCAGCUGCUCCAGUUUGGGCCCGAGGAAAGGCGGGACUCGUCAGCCCUGCCCUCGUACACCUGCCCCCACCCCUCCUGCCCCUCCUCCCAGGGCCCCGGGGCUGCCGUGGGGCAGGGCGACGGCGAGGAGCUGCCGGAGGUGGACCAGCACGUCAGGCUGCAGCACGUCUACAGCGGCACGGCCGCCGGCCCCACGGAAGGCGAGAGCGUCCCUUCAGUCAGCUGCGAGUCUGCGGCCAGUGGGCCCAACCAAGUCUUCCCUCCGCGGGGGGAGUCUGGGCUGCACCAGGGGCUACCCUACGCACACGUUCAGUCCGGCUACCAUGCUGCCACUUCUGCCGUGCAGAGCACAGGGGGCGUGGCCCACCCACAGAUGCUCCCCCUCGGGCAGAGCGGAGGGAUUCCCGCUGGACAGAGUGGUGGAGCUCCAGUCAUGCCUAUUGGCCAGAGUGGCGGGGCUACAGUCAUGCCUAUUGGACAGAGCUUAACUCAGCCAGUCAUUCUAGCCGCACCGGUGUCCCCAGGGAUACCUCAGCAGUAUCCACAGCCCUGCCAUUCAGAGGGAGAAACUGCCCCCUCCUUCCCUGCAGUUGCCUCUUCUCAGCCUUUCCUGCCCCCGGUGUCACCCCAGGCCCCUUUCAGUGUCCACCCCACUGCCCCAAUGUCUGUCGGAGACCCUGCGGAGGUGGCCUACCUGCCCCAGGGAGGGGUAGUGGGUGUUGCCCCUCUCCCUCAGCAGGCUCAGCCCAGCUCCGCCCCCGCGCAGCUACCCGAAACGGUGCGCAAUCCCGCAUUACCCCAACAAGCACAGCCCAUUCUAAUCCAUCAGCAGGUGCUGGCGCAGCAGCAGCAGCAGCAGCAGCAGGGGGCCUUACCUCCUCAGAUGGAGACGCAGCAAGCCGCCGCCCUCCUGCAGCAGCAGGCAGAGCUGACUGCACAGCCACAGGUGGAGCAGCAGCCUCAGCCGCCGCGCGUGGACCUGCAGCCCACAGCUUCGGCUCAGCAGCAGCAGCUCGAGCCGCAGGCGAGUUCGGUGCCGCAGGCGUAUGGAGGUUUGCAGCAGCAGCAGCAACAGCAACAGCCACCUCUCAUGCAUUCGCAGCCAGUGGAGCAAGUGUACGCACAGCAGGUGGAGCAACAGCAGGCUUUGUUGCAGCAGCAGCAGGUGGAGCAACAGCAGGCUUUGUUGCAGCAGCAGCAGGUGGAGCAACAGCAGGCUUUGUUGCAGCAGCAGCAGGUGGAGCAACAGCAGGCUUUGUUGCAGCAGCAGCAGGUAGAGCAACAGAAACAAGCUUUGCUGCAGCAACAGCAGGUAGAACAACAGGCUUUGCUGCAGCAACAUCAGAUGGAGCAGCAGCAACAAGCUUUGUUGCAGCAACAGCAGCAGAUAGAACAACGACAGGCUUUGUUGCAACUACAACAGUUUCAGAAACAGCAACAAGCUUUGUUGCAGCAAAAACAGGUGGAGCAACAGCAACAAGCGUUGUUGCAACAGCAACAGAUGGAACAGCAUCAAGCUUUAUUGCAGCAGCAGAUGGAACAACAGCAACAGGUUUUGUUACAGCAACAACAGAUGGAGCAACAACAGGCCCUAUUACAACAGAAACAGUUACAGGUGGAGCAACAGAUUUUAUUUCAGCAGCAACAAACUGACCAACAGCUGCAGCACCAGCCCCCAGUGCAGAAGCAAGAGGCAACAUCACUGCAACAGUGUGAGCAGCAGGCUUUUGUUCAGGAGCAACAGAUGGAUCAACAGCAGUCCUGUUUCUCACAGAAACAGCAGCAGGCACCUUUGUUACAGCAGCCUCAGACCAUCAUUGCACAGCAACAGCAAAUGGAGCAGCUGCAACAGCAGGCGCUACUGCAGCAACAGGAAGCUUACCUCCCCCAGCCUCAUCAGAGGGGCUCUUUGGCUCCAGGCCCCAGCGAAGUUCUGCAGAUCACAGCUGCAGCUCAAGCCCAAGCUCAGGGCCCACUCCAAGGUCAGGUCCAACCUCAAGUUCAGUCCCAAGUCCACAGCCAGGGUCAGGUGCAGGUCCCAGCACAGCUCCAGGCUCAGGUCUCAAAUCAAGCCCUAACCAUGAACCAGUCCCAGGUCCAGCAGGCUCUGAUCCAGAAUCAAAUGCAAUCGCUGACUCAGAAUUCGACACUGCCGCAAGUCCCACAACAAAUGCAGGCCCAGGCUUCACCCCAGCAGAGCAUGUCUCAAAUCCAUUCUCAAAUGCAGACCCAAGCUCAGCUCCAACAGGAAAUGGCUCAAAUCCAACCUCAAAUGCAGACCCAAGCUCAGCUCCAACAGGAAAUGUCUCAAAUCCAACCUCAAAUGCAGGCCCAAGCUCAGCUCCAGCAGGGAAUGUCUCAAAUUCAGGCCCAAGCUCCAGCCCGGCAGAGUAUGUCUCUCAAUCAAGCUCAAAUGCAGGCCCAAGCUCCACCCCUACAGAGUAUGUCUCUCAAUCAAGCUCAAAUGCAGGCCCAAGCUCCACCCCCGCAGAGCAUGUCUCUCAAUCAAGCUCAAAUGCAGGCCCAGGCUGUGCCCCAGCAAAGCAUAUCUCAAAUGCAAACUCAAAUGCAGGCCCAGGCUGCACCUCAACAGGUUGUGUCCCAAAUGCAAACUCAAAUGCAGGCCCAGGCUGCUCCUCAACAGGUUGUGUCUCAAAUACAAACUCAAAUGCAGACCAUGCCUCAGCAGAGCAUGUCACAAAUUCAAACUCAAAUGCAGGCUCAGGCACUCCCACAGCAGAACGUUCCCCAACUACAAACUCAAGUACAGACCCAGGUCCCACCCCAGCAGAGCAUGUCUCAAAUCCAACCUCAAAUGCAGGGUCAUGCUCCCCUCCAGCAGGGCACACCACAAAUACAAACUCAAAUGCAGACCCAGGCUCCCCUCCAGCAAGGCACACCUCAAAUACAAACUCAAAUGCAAAUCCAGGCAAGUAUCCCAUCUCAGAUUCAGUCUCAAAGUUUGCCCUCAACUCAGACACUUGCUCAGAUUCAGGCAAUGAACCAAAUGCCACUGCAAAGUCAAAUUCAAACUCAGACCCAGCCCCAAUGCCAGCUGUCCCUGCAAGGCCAAAUCCAAAUACAGCCCCAAUGUCAAGUGCCCCAGGGCCAAGUGUUUCCUCAGCAGAGCCAGUCUCAACCCGCAUCCUCCAUCUGUGGUCAAACCCACUCUCAGCCCGAUGUACAAAUACCAGUGCAAGCCCAGGCUUCAGCCGGUCCACUACCAGCGCAGUACACCUCCACCUCCCUGCCCACCCAGCAGCUGCUACAGUCGGUCCAGCUGCCGCCAGACUUCAGCCAGACCGCGCAGCAGCAGACGCUGUUGCACUAUCAGCAGGGGCUGGCGUCUCAGCAAACUCCCGUCAGCGCCGCUGCGGCCAGCAUGGGCCCCGCCUCCCUGCCCUCCACCCCUCAGCACGUCCCGCAGACGGGACCGGCGCAGGUGCUCGCCGCCACACCGGCGCAGCCCCCGCCGCAGCAGUACGAGCAGCAGCUGCACCAGGCCGCAUCUCUGCAACAGCAGCUGCUUCAGGCUCCGCCGCCGCAGCUCCAAGCUCCAGCUCCCUCUGAUCAUGGCCAACUGCCGUGCCAGCCCCCAGCCGGCCCGCAACAGCUGCCCCUCCAGACCUCCCAGAUGGCCGGUCAGACAGUCCAGGCCCAGCCCAAAAUCCCAGCUCCCCUCUACAGCCAGGUAGUGGCAGGCCCCCCUCAGUCCUCGCAGCACCAACAGCAGCGGACCCUACCCGCGCACACGCACGCGGAGGUAGCGGGAAUAUCGGAUCGGCUGCAGUCCCCACCUGCUGCCUUCCACCCCCCCAGCCCCUCUCAUGCCUCAUCUCACCCCUCCUCCUCCUCUUCGCUGCCCCUCCCUCUGGAGACGCAGCUGCCCCACCCCGGAGCAGCCGACGCCUUUGCCCCUGCCUCCCCUCCUCCUGUCACCACCUUGCAGUCCCUUGGCUCUAACUGCCCCUCGCUGCCCGCGACCUCGCUGCCAGAUUGUGACCCCGCCUUGCCAGGCGCCGCUAAGGAGACGCAGGGUCCCUCCAGCACUGACAAACAGUCUUCAUCCAGUUCUGUUCCAGCCAAUGGAGAGGAAUUACAGCUCCUCUUAGCCAAUGGAGAGGAAUCUCAACUGCUCUUAGCCAAUGGGAAGCUGGAGAAGAUGAAAUCACAGAGGAGACCCUCCUAUCAGAGGACUGAGAAAAACGCCCACUUUCAAUUGAGCAUGCUCCAGGUGUCCGGCAGCGGGGACAACAUGGUGGAAUGCCAGCUGGAGACCCACAGUAACAAGAUGGUCACCUUCAAGUUUGACCCCGAGGGCGACACUCCCGAAGACAUCGCUGAUUACAUGGUGGAGGAGGACUUUGUCCUGGAGUCGGAAAAAGAGAAGUUUGUGGAGGACCUGCGGGCAAUUGUGAAGAGAGCUCUGGAAAUACUUCACACCCAGCCACAGACCGGAUCCGUGGAGCAGCUGCACGUGAGCACUCCUGCAGCCCCUGGCAUGGAGUCGGUGCCCCAGUCCUCUCCUGUGGGACGCUGGCGUUUCUUCAUCAACCAGACGAUUCGGCACCGAGACUCCCUCUCCACCCAGGGGGCGUCCACACCCCCCAGUGCUGGAGAAAACGUUACGCUGCAGCCCACAGACAGAGAUGCUCAGCGAGACAUUGAUGGAUCACAGCGUUCAGGGUCCUUCAGCGGAAUCAGUGCCUCCGCUGCUGCAUCUCUCCCCGGCUCUGCUGCCCCUGCCUCCACUGUUUCUGCCCCCUGCUCCAUGUCUGCCCCAGCAACUGCCGCCCCAGCGGCGGUGUCUGAAUCUGUGUCUGCCCCAGCCUCUUCUCUGUCCAGUGCUGUUAGCUCUGUCCCGCCUGCUUCCCCAGCCCACGCCUCUCAUCCCGCUCGCGACCUCAGCACCGGGCUCAUCUGCCCCCCGGUCCCUGUUCCCACAGCUACCAGUUCCUCACUCCCUGCCCCCAGCCUCUGCUCCACCACGGCCCCGGGCCCCACAGACACACCCCUCUCGGGGGGUUCCCUGUCUGAGAGAGACCGGCAGCAGCCUCCUUCCUCCUCUCCCAUUCACGCUUCCCCUGCUGCCCCUCAGCCUGUGAGCCUGAGCGAUCAGGACCGGCUGCGCGCGACCGGGUCGCUGGAGCAGUCCAUGCAGCUGUCAGAGAAGCAAGAUUACCCACAACACUUUGGCCUUCAGCAGCAAGCAGAGGUACAGCAGAGACAGCAGCAGUCAGUGCAGCCUCAACAAAUACCAGCACAGUCCUUACCGCAGCAACAGGUACAGCCACAACCGCUAUCCUUACCGCAGCCAGUACAGCCUGUCCCCAUACAGCAGCCAUACCUACAACAGUCAGCACUGCCUCAGCAAGUACAACAGGCCUUACAACAGCAGUCACUACAGUCUCAGCAAGUACAUCUACAACAAACAUCCUUACAGCAACAACCAGGACAGUCUCAACAAGUACAACCACAACAACCUUCCUUACAACAACAGCCAGUACAGCCUCAACAAAUGCACCUACAGCAAACAUCCUUACAACAACAGUCAGUACAGCCUCAACAACUACAAGUACAACAAAUGUCCUUACAGCAACAAUUGGGACAGUCUCAACAAGUACAACCACAGCAAACAUCCUUACAACAACAGUCAGUACAGCCUCAACAACUACAAGUACAACAAACGUCCUUACAGCUACAACUGGGACAGUCUCAACAAGUACAACCACAGCAAACAUCCUUACAACAACAGUCAGUACAGCCUCAACAAGUACAACUACAACAGUCAUCCUUACAGCAACAACUGGGACAGUCUCAACAAUUACAACUACAACAAGCAUUGUUACAACAGCCUUCAGUGCAGUCUCAACAUAUACAACAACAGUCCAUAGAACAACAGUCAUUACAAUCUCAACAAAUACAACAACCACCCCUACAGCAACAGUCUGUACAGCAUCAACAAAUACAACAACCAUCCCAACAGCAACAGUCUGUACAGCAUCAACAAAUACAACAACCAUCCCAACAGCAACAGCUUGUACAGCAUCAACAAAUACAACAGCCAUCCCUACAGCAAGAGUCAGUACAGCAUCAACAAAUACAACAACCAUCCCAACAGCAACAGCCUGUACAGCAUCAACAAAUACAACAACCAUCCCAACAGCAACAGCCUGUACAGCAUCAACAAAUACAACAACCAUCCCAACAGCAACAGCCUGUACAGCAUCAACAAAUACAACAACCAUCCCAACAGCAACAGCCUGUACAGCAUCAACAAAUACAACAGCCAUCCCUACAGCAAGAGUCAGUACAGGCUCAACCAAUGGUUCAACAGCCAUUCUUACAACAACAGUCAAUGCAGCCUCAACAUAUACAGCAACCAUCCCUACAGCAGCAGCCAGUACAACAAUCUCAGCCCGUACAACAACAAUCAUUUGUGCAACAACAGUCAAUACAGGCCCAACAAAUACAACAGCCGUCAUCCUUAAAAUCGCAGUUGCCUACGGAGCAACACCAACAGGAAAUACAAAUGUCACUACAUAAGCUCUACCAAGAACAGUUACAGCAACAGCAUCUUCAGCAACAGCAGAUUUUACACCAGUCACUGCAACCACUGCAGAUGGAGCAGUUACAACAGCAGCAGGCAGAAGCACAGGUGCAGUUACCUAGAGACAGUCAGAGUCAGCUGUUACAACAGCAACAGCAGGUACUGCAGCAGCAGCUACAGGCGGUUCAGCAACAAACAGUUCACAUGCAACAACAGCAGUCGAUGCAACAGGACCUACUUCAACAGGCGCACCAACAACCGCUGCUGCAGCAACAUGCGCAAGAAUCUGCACAGCCACCGCACGCAGUGUACCAACAGCAAGCAGUGCAGCAACAGGACCUACAACAGCAGUCAGUACAACCUCUUCAAAUACAACAGUCAAUACAACAACCUCUUCAUAUACAACAACCACCAUCUUUACCACAACAGCCUGUACAAUUGCAACAGUCGGUUCAGCAGCACCCCCCUCAGCAGCUUCCCCUAGAUCACCCACAGCAACAGGUCUUCCAACAGCUUUCCUCACAGCAGCAGGUGCCGCAGUCUGAGUUGCCACGGCAACAGGUGCCGCAGCAACACGCUCUGCACCAGCAGCUAUUACAGCACACACCGCAGUACUAUUCGGAGUCGGAGCUCUCCGCAGGGGAGGCCAGCGCCACCGGAGAAGACACCUCCAGUCUUUCUGCCCCCACCCUCCCCUCGUCUGACACCCCACUGCCCCCCCUCCCGCUCUGUGCCCCUGACACUUCCCUGCCCCCCGUGUCCCAUACCCUCAGCCCCUCCCCAGUCCAGCCUUCCUCUGUGGCAGAGUCUGACAGCGAGGGGCCCCCCAAAAUCGAAUACGUCGACAAUCGCAUCAAAACGCUGGACGAGAAGCUGAGGAACCUGCUGUAUCAGGAAUACAGCGGCGGGGGGGCGCCUGCAGGGGGCGCCGCCGCGGCCUCCGCCACGGCGUCCACCGCUUCCACGGCCCCAGACGCACACUCGCCGCGGCCCUCCUUCCCUCCCCCCGCCUUCACCUCCGACACCUCUCCGCACUCCUCUUCCUCCACCACCUCCUCCUCCACCUCCCGCUCCUCCUCCACCUCCCCUGACGUGGACAGGGAAGCGGUGGUGGAAGCCGGCGAGUUGGGCGCGGGUCCCCUGUCCCCCGGGGCUGUGUCUGGGGUGCCGGAGCCUGCCCCGCCCCCCUCCUCUGCCCUCCCCUCGGAGUCGCUCCCUCAGCCCCCACACAGAGACGCGGCCGCACACCAAACUUCUCCCGCCGAACCCCCAGUUUGUGCUGCCCCCCCUCUUUCCGAAGCCUGCUCCCCAGGAGACGCCGCGUGGCCCCUCUCCGGUCAGCCUCCGCUCCCCCUUGGGCCCGGACAGCAGCAGCUCAAUGCAGGAGGUGGAUAUUUUGGCCUAAACCUGACAUGUCCUAGUAUCAGAAAUCCUGUUAGCAAGAAAUCCUGGACUCGCAAAUUCAAAAGCUGGGCGUGCAAACUACGUCACUCUGCCAGCUUGUUCAAGAAACCCAGAGUCCAGCAAGCAGAGGCGAACAGCAGCCAGAGCCUGAAGGAGGAGAGCGAGCACCCUGCGCCCCUGCAGGGUCACUCUCGCAUGGGCCGAUUUCAGGUGACCCCGGUGGCCCUUCCUGCUGAAGCGAGCCCGCAGCAGGCUGCUGCUGCGCAGGCCGCUGUGCACAGGAAGGUGGGGCGCUUCUCCGUGAGCCACGCGGAGGCCCGUGCCGAUGACAGGCAGACGGACAGCUCGCCCGUGUCCCCGGACCUGGAGGGAGGGAGGAGGAGGAGCAGGGGGAAGGACGGGGAGAAGGAGGAGAGGAAGAGGGCGCUAGCAGUCCCCCUCCUGCCCCGGGUGUCCUCCCCCUCCCCCCAUGGCAGCAGCGACGAUGACGAUGAUGAAAGCGAAAUGGAGGACGAAGAGCUCAGGAGAGAACUGCAUCGAUUGAGAGAGAAGUGAGUAACACACAGCAUGCACACACAAACACAUUGGCUCAUUAUAGUUAAUUGGCAGGACAAAGCAAAGCAGUAUUGCAACCUCAAUGCAAAUAAUUCUUACAAAACCCAAGGAAAAAUACAACUACCGCAGUAUAGAACGUGAAUCUACAAAUAAAAGAUUACUCAGAUAAAACAGGAAAGGCAUGUAGCAGGAAUAGGAAUAGUCCAAAGACAUGCAGGUAGGCUAAUUGGAGACUCUGAAUUGCCCGUAAGAAUGAGUGUGUGAGUGAAUGGUGUGUGUGCCCUGCGGUAGAUUGGCGGCCUGUCCAGACUUGAACAUUAUAACCAUGUUAAAGACAUGCUGCUAUAUGCACUUUAUAAAAACCUUUAUUGAAUAUACAUUUUUUUAUAUUCCCAGAAACAAAAGUAAACAUUCUGUAAACCAGCUAAAUGAAAAAAUAAUCACCAGAUUAACCGAUUAUGAAUACUGUUGUUAGUUGCAGCCCUAAUUUGAAGCAUGAUUCUUUUGGGUAGAGGUUUGCGCAAAUACACAAAGAAUAAUGUAGUGGUAUAUUUAUGAUUUGAUGUCUCACAUUCUCACUUCCAUCUCUUCUUGUGCCCCUCUCCCUGCACCGCUCUGCCUGUACCCCUCUCCCUGUACCGCUCUGCCUGUACCCCUCUCCCUGUACCGCUCUGCCUGUACCCCUCUCCCUGUACCGCUCUGCCUGUACCCCUCUCCCUGUACCGCUCUGCCUGUACCGCUCUGCCUGUACCCCUCUCCCUGUACCGCUCUGCCUGUACCCCUCUCCCUGUACCGCUCUGCCUGUACCGCUCUGCCUGUACCCCUCUCCCUGUACCCCUCUCCCUGUACCGCUCUGCCUGUACCGCUCUGCCUGUACCCCUCUCCCUG